AUGUCUGGUCGCGGUAAAGGAAAAGCAAAGGGCACCAAGUCCAAGAGCCGAUCAUCCCGAGCAGGGCUUCAAUUCCCUGUAGGUCGUAUCCACCGUCUUCUUCGCAAAGGCAACUAUGCUGAGCGUGUUGGCGCAGGUGCUCCAGUGUACUUGGCCGCCGUGCUUGAGUAUUUGAGCGCUGAGAUUCUUGAGUUGGCUGGCAACGCUGCUCGCGACAACAAGAAGACAAGAAUCAUCCCCCGUCACCUUCAGCUGGCCGUCCGUAAUGACGAAGAGUUGAACAAGCUUCUCGCCGGUGUCACCAUCGCUCAGGGAGGUGUCCUUCCUAACAUUCAAGCUGUUCUUCUUCCCAAGAAGACUGAGAAGAAGCCGAAAGCUUAAAUCAGCUUUCAUUUACACAAACGGCUCCUUUAGGAGCCACCAAAUGCUAUAAAAGUCAUGACCAGUUUCCAGUUAGAACGCAAUUCGUGUCUUAGAGUCUAAACUAAGAAAGUGUAAUUUACGUCUCGGGAAGAUCAAUUUUCCGCCGCAAAUUUUUCAACCCCCGAACUUUAAUUUUUACUGAUUUAGCGCAUACGCUCUACCGUGCGUAUCCUGCAGCAAAUUCAAAUUUGUUAAUACCUUUUGACAGCUAACAGAACCGUAUUCAAAUGUAAAUUUAUGAACACUCUUAUAAUUGAACUCGAGCGUUCAAUUUAACCGCGUCUAAGAGAGUGCAUUCAUUUUCUGUGGUGUUAGUAUUAGGAAGGUUGCAUACGUACUAUAAUAUUUUUUAAAAUGUGUCCAGCCACUACAUGUAUUAUAUGGCCAAACAAUUAAUAAGUUUCUUAAUCUUCAAACUGCAGUUGACCGUUAUUACUUCAAACGAUUUUUGCCGACAUUCACAUUACUGUGAUUCUUCAGAUUGUUCUCACAAUUUUGAGUUGGAAUAUAACCUAUGUGUUUAGAGAUCAGUUUGUGAAUCACGCUAAAUAAACUCGGCUCAUUUCUUAUAUAUAAACUUAGCCAAUUUAGCAAAUUAUCAUUAACAUAGAUUGUUAACAUAACCCGGUGCCUAAAUGAUGAACUUUCAUUGCAGCGUGUUUAUUUACGCUUUUGAAUCGAGCGCGCGAAUCAUUUCCAUGUCUCGGGGCCACGCGAUCGUUGCGAGAGAAGACCAUUAACACUUAGUACAGUAAAUUGGCAACGAGAUGAAAUCUCGCCUCGGCUUAAGAGUUUUGAGAGAUAAAAAAGUAAAAUACAUUGAAAUCACUGUUAAUGCGUAAACACCGGAUUGCAUAGAUAAUUUUUUUAAGUGGACGCAGCCAUCCGUAUAUGCAGAUCUGAUAUGCCAUGAGACCGAACAAGGCGCAUUUUUCGCCGCUCAAACAUCAAAGACAAUAAGUUCCUUAACAAUAGAAGUCUGAAAUUUGCCAAAGUUUUUGAAAACUUUGCUGAAAAUUUGACAGGUUUCGAUUUUGAUCGCGACUGGAUAUUAAUUCUUGACUUCAAAAUCUUUUGCUUCGAAAAAAGCGCGGCCGUUGGCGUUUACUAUGAUCAAACGGUUUUGCGCUUAUGCUACGUCCUUUUUCCACCGAAAAGGAAAGCCGAAAAAAAAUAAAGUUGAGGCUAGGCACCGUGAGUACCUCUUAAAAUUAGGUACAACAGAGUAUUGGUUUAUGACUUUCAUAAGAUAUGGUGGCUCCUAAAAGAGCCGUUGGUUUGUUGUGUGGACAGCAACGUCUAACCGCCAAAUCCGUACAGUGUGCGUCCCUGGCGUUUGAGAGCGUAGACUACAUCCAUGGCUGUCACGGUCUUCCUCUUGGCGUGCUCUGUGUACGUCACAGCAUCACGGAUAACGUUCUCAAGGAAAACUUUGAGAACGCCACGGGUUUCUUCAUAGAUGAGGCCAGAGAUUCGCUUGACACCCCCACGGCGAGCAAGACGACGGAUGGCUGGCUUGGUGAUACCUUGGAUGUUAUCACGAAGAAUUUUUCUGUGACGCUUGGCGCCUCCUUUCCCUAGACCUUUGCCUCCUUUACCGCGACCAGACAUACUGACUUGUGACUCUCUAACUGAGAUGAUGCUGAAAAAGCUCUUUUCCUGUCCUAUAUAGCGACAAGGUGGACCUCUCCGAAAACUUAAUUAGAUUUCUAUUGGUCAAAUUUUAACAAAAGUAAACCGUUGGGUCCAAAGGGCAAUUAUAUCUUUUUUUAGACUGUAUACACACCGGUGUAAUAUAUGCGCAUAAUCAGUUUAACAGAGUAUGGACAGUAUUAUUUAUUUUGCGAUGGAUAGCAAAUUUAGUUCAAAACAACUCAAAAUAACAAAAACAGUCAUGACUUUGUAGCCACCGUUUAUUUCAGUUUUGCGAAAAAAACCUUGCGAAACGUCUCGAAAAACCAACUCAAAAUAACAUAAACUUUUUGAGAAUCAAACUGUCGGCAAAAGUAUUACAAAGGACUUUUUCGACCAAUCAGAAAGAACAUUUUUCUACCAAUCAGAAUUCGGCCCGCCAGAUAUAAAUUUCUAGGGAAUGGAAUAAACUAAAUUUUAUCGAUCAAAUCAUAGAUCUUCUGAGAGUAAAAACAUGGCUCGUACAAAGCAAACUGCUCGUAAAUCAACCGGUGGAAAAGCUCCACGAAAACAGCUCGCCACAAAGGCAGCACGUAAGAGCGCGCCUGCCACUGGAGGAGUCAAGAAACCCCAUCGUUACAGGCCUGGUACAGUCGCUCUUCGUGAGAUCCGUCGUUACCAGAAAUCGACCGAGCUGUUGAUCCGCAAGCUGCCCUUCCAGCGUCUUGUGCGAGAAAUCGCUCAGGAUUUUAAGACCGAUCUGCGAUUCCAGAGCUCUGCUGUGAUGGCUCUUCAAGAGGCCAGCGAGGCUUACCUUGUUGGUCUGUUUGAAGACACCAACUUGUGCGCCAUCCACGCCAAGCGUGUCACCAUCAUGCCCAAGGACAUUCAGUUGGCCCGCCGAAUCCGCGGAGAACGAGCAUAA